CUUAUCAUAGGAAGACAACAAUGGCCCAGAGCAAUCGCGAGACUCAAGUUCUCGACGAAGUAUUUCGAAAGGAGUUGAUCGAGAAGUUAGACGAGCUCAGGAAAUCGAAUCUUCUAUGUGACACAACUCUCCGAGCUGAUGGACAAGAAUUUGCUGCCCAUCGCAGUGUCUUGUCUGUCGGCAGUCAGUAUUUCCGGACUUUGUUUGCAACGCAGUUAAACGUUCAAGAAACCGAAAAAAAAUUCGUAGAUCUCAAAGAAGUAACCUGUCAAGCCUUGACGGAGGUGCUUCAGUAUAUCUACACCGGAAAAGCAAAACUCAACUCAUCUAACGCAGAAGAAAUCGUCGUCGCUUCCGAUUACUUGAUGGUUGAAGGGUUGAAAUCGAAGGCUUCUCUUUUCUUGGAAGAAUCCUUAAGUAAUGCGAAUUGUUUGGCGUUAGAAUCCUUCGCUUCUCAAUACAACUGUGAUUCGUUAAAACAAGCUGCCGCUACUUUUAUCCGUAAAAAUUUCGUGACCGUGGCAAAGUCGAGUGAUUUUUUGUCCCUUAAUGAAGAAAAACUGUUAGAAUUGCUCAGCGACGAUGAAAUAAUCGUACCGCGUGAAGAGGAAGUAUACCAUGCAGCAGUCAGAUGGGUCAAAUACGAUUUAGCCUCAAGAGAAAAUUAUUUUCCUGAACUGUUGAAAUGUCUUCGGCUGUUCUCGAUGUCGAAGUUUUCUCUGCGUCAAAUUCUUUGCGAGGAAGAAUUGGUGAAAAAUAACGUUGCCUGUAUGACAUUAUUAUUGAAUGGGCUGGACUACUUUCUGUUCCCGGAUCGUUACCAGAACGUUUCACUCAUACCUCGUUUGUCACUAAGGGAAUAUGAGGAUGUGGUAGUACUCAUUGGAGGCAAGAAUAUAAAGAACGAGGAAUUAAAAAGCCUUCGCUGUUUUGUACUUUCCUCUAAAAAUUGGAUUUUAUUACCUGAUAUGCCUCAAUCUUGCAGUAAUCAUUGUGCUGGUGUAUGUGGUGGAAUCUUGUUUGUCAUAUAUCCAAUUUUUUCCUCACGUACGCGUGUGUAUUCUUUGAACCCCAAAUGUUGCACAUCAUGGAACUCCACUGAAUUUGAAAUCCGUGUUGGUCGCGACUGUUCAGUGACAGCUUACAAUGAACAACUUUAUAUCGUGGGGGGCAGCAGUGAUGACUCUAAAGGAGGGAAAGUCUUCAAUCCAGCCCUUGGUACAUGGAAAAGGAUGGCACCAAUGAAUAUUGGGCGUGCUGGACAUUGUGCUGUUCUCCUACAGAAGCAUAUUUAUGCCAUUGGAGGUCACAAUAAUGAAAGUUGUCAGAAGAGUGUGGAGCGUUACAAUCCAGUUACAAACCGGUGGCAAACGAUUCGAAAUAUAUCCAAUGCCCGCACGUUUGCUGCAGCGGCUGUAUCAAAUGGGAAGAUCAUUGUUGUUGGUGGGUUCAGUGCCAUGAAACCCUCAAAAGUCAUGGAAGUCUCCUGUGAAAUGUUUGACCCAUGUACAAAUGAAUGGAGUCUGGUCUCAAGUCCUGCUAUUUCACGUGCUGCUUGUGGAAUUGUGAGUAUAGAUGACAUUAUUUACUUGUUUGGAGGUCAACAUGAAGAAUGUUGCAUGGAAACUGUAGAGUCUUUUGAUUUGAAACAGAACGAGUGGCGAGCUGUAGCUUUUAUGCCAACUGAGCAUCAACGCUCUUUCCAUCAAGCUUCAGUACUAAGACUUCCUAAACAUAUUGUUUCUUAGAAAUAGAAAAUUGUACUGGUUUCUCAAGGAAUGUCAUAGUGUUGAUGACCAAGGGUGAGGUCAAGAUGGUUUAAUAUAUCAGCCUAAUUCUUUGACUCGUUUUCGAAAUUAUGAAUUCAAAACAACACUCCUUCGAAAUAAGAAAAUAACGACUGUUUUCAAUUUAGACUGUGUAGUUUGAAUUUUAAAUCUUGAAUUAUUGUAAAGUUUUAAACUUAAUAAUACCAACUGAUGAAAACUGAACCUUAGACCAUAUAAAAUAAAAAUAUCUGAUUUGUUACCCUCCCUUCUCAUAU